AUGUACUCUACUCAAUUACCCAAAAAAGCAGCAGGUGCCUUUACCAGCAAUCAUUAUAUCAAUAAUACUUCCACAGUUGCUACCAACAACAAUGACAAUAACAAUAUUGUAAACAAAACCUUGGUUUAUAUAGGUCCUUUUUCAGAAACUAUUCGACGAUACAAAAUGACAGCCUCUCUAUUCAGUAUAUGUGGUAUCUGCGCUGUUCCUGCUUUAUUGAGUACUGGUCAAGCUCCUGUAAUUAGUGUUGCUUUAGAUAUGUGGCUGGGGAUUGAAACAUGGACAUUCUUUGGUCGUAAGAAGGAAAACAACAUGUGGUUAUCACAACUUCGAGAUAUAUCUACACCCAAGGCUAUGCGUUGGCAAUUUGGAAAAGAGAAAUUCACAGUGGAACGUGGGAUUGUUGAUGCUGAUCCUUUUUUGAAACGGUUAGCGACUUUCUCUAUGGACAAGAAACAAAUAUAA